UGGCGUUUCUCUGUUUGAGUUUCUGAGGUAAAAGCUGCAGUUAUAUUUUAGCAAUUUACCAGACAUACAAUUAAUUUUCAGUAUAUUGGCAAAGGUUAUACUUUAGGUGAUGCAUUCCUGAAAAGCAAACGGCCCCAUACUACAUCCCAAGAAAGAUCUACAAAAUGAAAAAAGCUCAGAAAACAAGCCCAAAGAUUUCCUCCAAAGACACUUCAUUAAACACAAUUUCUAAAGCCGGACAUGAGAUUGUCCAAAAACCAGUCAUUGCCUCUCUUGCUGGGACCACCAAAGCACUUUCCUUGUCCUUGAGACCGCAACGUCCCAUUAAGCCCAUAUCAGAAAAGAAUCUGUCAGUAAAUGACUCUUAUAAACUGAAGAAAACUUCUAGGACUUGUGCCCACCAAUCCACUUUCUGUAAAGGGCAGGGCCUUCUGAAGCUGGACAGCUCUGAACAGAAAGCGCAUGAAGGGGGAAUGGAAUCAGAAUUAUGCAGCUCUGGCUCCAGCACAAUGCAAAGUGUCAAAUCUACCCCUGAGCUGCUGAAAGAAGCUCAACUUAUUGCAGGAUUGGAACAGCCAGAUGAGUGUGACCAGCAGAGGGCGCAAGAUGAGACUCUGACAGACACAUUAGUGAAGGAAAGUGGGCACCUAAGAGAUGAUGACAGUACUGGUCAGCUGCAAAAGGAAGUAAGCAUCUGUAAUGAAAUCACUAAGCAGGGGCCAACUCGAUGUGACUCCACGGUACCACAGUUACAUGUGUGUGUGCCAGAAGAAAGAUGUUCAAGACCAAUGUGCCCCCUACCCAUGCCAUCUGGUGUCUGUAAGAUGACCGUGUCAGGCUUACAGGGGAUACGUAAGGUUGGCUGUGAUGAUGAACAAGCUGAGGAUCUCUUAUCACCGGUGACCAAUGAAGAUAUAAUAAUGGCUCGAGGACAUAGUCUGAUUCAAAGAGCAAGGACUUCACAUCAGACCAAAACCAUUCAGGGCCUUUCAUUAUUAGCAACCUGGACACCUAAAAAAGAUUAUAGAAGUGCCGAGAGGUAUAAAACCAUCCAUCAUUUGUGCACCACAUCUGCAAGCCAAAUUGUGCCUGUUGAACUACAGUUUGCUUCCAGAUUCUGCCACACACAAAAUCUGGUUACUGUAACAGCUCCUGUUGACCAGCAGAUGGCAGCACCUGGACAGCUGUCUCAUCCUGACAUAAAGAGGCUGGUGUGUGAAGGUGUAUCUGCUAAAUCUGCUGAAGUCUCAUCACACUCAGACUGCAUUUCUCACUUACCUAAACAGCUGUCAGAUACUCUGGAGGACUGGAAGAGAAUAGCAGAAUUUUAUGUGGAAAGACCACAGAUCACAAUGUGCGGACGUGCUGCGACACUUUGUGCUAGCGAGCUCAGAAUGUUCUGGAAUCCAGUACCUCCUAAAUUCAUCUGUGCCCCGUGUGUUAUGAAAGAAAAACUCUUUCCUGAAUACCAGGUAACCCGGCCUGACCAGUACAAAGAUAAUCUGCUGGAUGAUGUGGUGGAGUCAGUUAGCCAUGUGACGGUGCCAGAACAAGCAACUGUCUCGUUUAGUAAAAGCAAAUCUUUGUCAGACUUGAGAACAACGAAACUGGCGUUAUUUAGUCCAUCUACCACAAAAGAACAGGCCAGACGGCCCCACUCUGCCCCGCACUUAACCCCAGAUCCUGAGCCUCUUCGUCAGCUGCGGUCUGACUUCAACAGCCUCUCUCAGGAGCUGGAACAUGUGCGCUUACAGAAAAAAUCAGUCUGCGUUCCUCCGGCUGGAGAAUUCCCACCCAGUGCCAGACGACAGACCGAACCCAAGGAUGUUCACACUGGCCCAGACUCUUCAGAGGAGACCUGCCAGAUCCCAAAUCACAGGAAGAGCCCACGCAAACGCACAGACAGGGCAAAUGUGUCCCGUUUUAAACGGAGGGCUGCUAAUACAAAAAGGAAACUUGUCUCUGUCAAGAUGGCCUACGUUCGGAAGAAACUGAGUGAGCCACCACGAACACUUAAAAGGAGUGAGUCUAUGUGUCAGUUACCAUGGAACCCCAAACCAUCUGAAGGUCUUUCUUCGCCUCUUAACAGCCUCAGUCUCCCUCUCUUACUCGAUUUUGAGAGCUUUACCGCAGAUCGUGGUGGAAUACCUGACACAACGCCACCCAGAGAGUGGGUUAGAGACUUAUGGGACGUCUGGUUUGAUGAGCUCUUUCCACCUCUGGAGAAGGUUCAGAGUACAGUCUCUGUUUCAGUUGGUAUGGAAGAGAACCAGACCUUACAUGAUAACAUCCAGGAACUGGACAUAGUGGACAUGUCUGAGGUUCUGGAUGAAGGUAUCACUACAGCUGAUGUGGAGCAAGAAGUAGCCAAGCUAACCCAAGUUAUGAGUGAACGUGGGAAUCACAGUGCUUUUGACCUGACUCGACGUGGAGCGCUUCAAAUCAAACUUGGUCAUCUCAACCUGGCCCUUGAAGAUCUAAAUGCUGCCAUCUCCCUGGAGCCCCAUUUACUGGAUGCCUACUGGCACAGGCACAACAUCUACCUGCUGAGAAACGACCCCAAUCGAGCUCUGGCAGAUCUCAACAUCAUCAUUAAGAACAACAUGAAGCAUGCAGAUGCCUUCAUGUCUAGAGCAGAAAUCUACAAAGAAAGAGGAGAAACUACAGCAGCUAUAAUCAACUACACCCAAGCCAUCGAAGCCAAGCCAGAUAAUCCAGACAUGUACUUCAGAAGAGCACAGAUGUAUGAGAAGAUGGGUGAAAUGCUGCUGGCCAUGGAAGACUAUGCCAAAACAUUCUCCAUUGACUCUACAAGGACAGAUGCCAUGAUGAUCCUUGGAAUGCAGCACUUUAGGAUAUCCAACUGGAUGGCAGCCCUGGACGAUUUCUCCUUACUACUAAAACAGGAGCCAACGAAUGCUGCAGCUAGGACAUACAGAGGAAUGAUCUACACUAAGCUGGGCUGCUUUGAGGAGGCUAUUAAGGACCUUUCAUUGGCUGUGCACUUGAAUCCCAGUGACUGGUUGGCAUUUUACCACAGAGGCUUCCUGCUGAGGAAGAUAAAGCCUCAGAUGGCCUUGAGAGACCUCAGCACAUCUGUUCUCAUCAAUGACAGCGUAGAAAACCUGAAAUCUUUCCUGCAUCGUGGCUUGCUCUAUGCCGAGCUUCGGCUUUGGCGACAAGCAACGGCUGACUUUGAAGCUGUGAUCAAACUCGACAGGUCCACAGCUGUUGCACAUGUCAGUUUGGGACUCAUCAGUAUGAUGAAAAUGGAUCGAAAUUAUGAAGCGAUCAAGAAGUUCAGCAAUGCAUUGAAAGCAGACCCCACCUAUAUGAGGGCCUACGUAUGCAGGGCCAAAGCGUUUUACAAUGUGAAUAAUCUGAGUGGUGCGGUGAAGGAUUUGAGUCGAGCGAUACACCUGAAUCCAGACGCCCAUGACCUGCACAUCAUGAGGGGCCAGUACUUGUAUGAACUGGAGCAUUUUGACCUGGCUGCUCUCUCUAUACAAUAUGCGGCGGAGAUGAAAACAGCUCUGGGUUUAUCACCGGUGCAGCAGGCAAUCAUUCAGUCGUUUUUGGGGAAUGAAGCCAAGGCUAUUGCAUGUCUGGAGGAAGCGGUCAAUAAAUGCCCUUCCCUUCCGACCCUCAUUCUUUUGGGAAAGACACUGAUGAGGGAACACAAGUUCACAGAAGCUGUGGAGAGUUUCAGAAAGGCCCUGGCAAAGCUUGAUACCAAUAAAGUGAAGGUCUCUAUUGUAAAAGAAGUUGCUGAAAUCUUUUAUCUUAUUGGCAUAUGCUACAUUGCACAAGUGCCUUUGUUACAGGAGAGUGAAGACCUUCUCGUGCUUCAGGCUUUAGAUGCUUUCAACAGCGCUGUCAGCAUUAAACCAGACUAUGCUGAAGCUUACCAUCAUAGAGGACUGUGUCGCAUGCGCCUGCAAGACUCCAUGAGCGUCCAGGACUUUAAUACAGCACUACGCAUAAACCCAAACCUCUAUCAGGUACAUUUAAGCCGGGCUGCCCUUUAUGGAGCUGAGGGGCGAUAUGCAAAGGCCGUACUCGACUGUAGCGAAGCUAUUAGAAUCCAACCCCAAAGUGUCAAAGCCUACUUAUAUAAAGGAGCUCUUCAAUUCUAUUUGAAGGCAUACAAGAGAGCGGUGGAGGAUUUGUCCACGGCGAUCCGAAUCGACAGCGCCUGUUCAUUUGCAUACUACAAUCGUGCUGUUUGUUACCAGCAACUGCAGGAUUAUGAGCUGGCACUCAGGGACUACAGCAUUGUGCUGCUGCUGCUGGGUGAAGAAAGCGAGCUUGGUCUUAAAGUGUUGAUAAAUCGAGGCCUUCUAUAUGUGGAGCUAAAUGAUUACAGCAAUGCCCUUCAGGAUUUUAAAGCUGCAGCACACAAGCGUCCUGAUGAUGCAAUAAUUCAUCAUACACUAGGUGUUAUUAACCACAGGCUUGGGUGGUUGAAGAAAGCCGUGGAUGCUUACAGUAAUGCUAUAAGACUUGAUCCCUUCUUACAAGAUGCUUAUGUGGGCAGAGGUAAUGUUUUCAUGGAUUAUGGGCACAGUGAUGGCAGAAAGCAGGCCCAGAGGGACUUCAUCUCUGCUCUUCACCUCAAUCCACUUUGCUCAAAUGCCCGCAUUGGCCUGGCAUACAACUUACGGGUUCUUGGAUUCUUUAAGAGGGCCUGGAAUCAGUUCACUGUGGCGAUGGAGGUGAACCACAAUUGCUGGGCGGCUUAUGAAGGCAGAGCUGUUGUCAGUCUGCAGAUGGGAAACCUGUUUGCAGCUCUGCAGGACAUCAACACUGCUAUAAAGUAUAAUCCUCUGUCAGAGCUCCUUUUCACAAACCGAGGUCUGAUACAGCAGUUAAUGGGGGAUAAAGCCAGUGCAAUGAUGGACUAUCAGAAAGCCAUUGGCAUCAAUCCCAACUAUGCCCUGGCACACUUCAAUGCUGCCACUCUCUUCUUUUAUAAUGGACAAUUUGAGCAGGCCUGUGAGUUUUACAGCCGAGCCUUUGAACUGGACCCGUCAGAUGAGUCUGCCAUCCUGAACCGAGCCAUCACUCACACGCUGCUGCGGAAGAUUCCAGAAGCUCUCCAGGAUUUCAGCGAGGCUCUGCUCCUCGACCCGCUCUCUGCACACGUCUACUUUAACAGAGCUAACCUGUUCUGCACACUCAGACAGCAUCAAUCAGCUGAAAAGGACCUGACACAAGCUCUGUGCUUCCAGCCUGGAGAUGCUCUGCUGUAUAAACUCAGGGCUGACGUUCGGGCUUGUUUAGGGUGGACUGAGCAGGCGAUGGAGGACUACAGGACCGCCGUGAAGCUUGAAGAAGACUCAAUCUAAAUGCUGGUCAGGUUGUAGAAACUAAAUUAAUUGUUAAAGCGUUUCUGCAUUAAUGCAGUUAAUAAAGCAAAAGAAGAUUUGUGCAGAAGAUAAAUGUACCAAUUUCUUAUUCAGCUUAUUUGCAUUUGUGCUUUUGCUAGCAAAGUCUGUAUAUUAAGCAGUUCAAGCUGAAUUAUUUGCAUAAAUUUGUUAGAAGAACAGGAUUAUCAAUACAGCAAGUGUAUGCAGUAUAUUUUAUGUUUUUCAUAUUUUGCACCUGCAUGCAUGUGAAACAUUUUCUUAUAAGAAAUCAGAUUUUGAAUUAAUUAAUAUCUAUUAAUAAGCAUCCUGAAAGCCAGAGCUAAACACCUGUCUCUACCUGAUGUUUAAAAUCACUCUAGUCCUGAAGUUGUCACGUCAUUUAUUAAAUAUAUGAAGAGAAAGAAACACCUGCUGAAUGAUUUGGCCACUCUCCAUAGAGAGAGAGAGAGAGAGAGAGAGAGAGAGAGAGAGAGAGAGAGAGAGAGAGAGAGAGAGAGAGAGAGAGAGAGAGAGAGAGAGAGAGAGAGAGAGAGAGAGAGAAAGAAGAGUGUGAAUUCGUCCAUCUGUUUCUCACACAUUGUGCUGUGAUGACUGGGCUCAUUACAUUUCAAGGACAGCACGAGUCUCCAUCUGUGAGAAUCUGAGGUAUCAGUAGAUACCUCUGACAAAAGACUUUUUGCACUUCUUGUGCUAUUUAAAAUUUGACAAAUAUCUACUAAAGUAUCCAUUAUAAACCUUACCAUUCAUGUUACGUUCGUCCCUCCA